ACAAUCCAUGGGUAUAACGUAAUAGCGAAUAACACAAAUUUUUUGUUUAGCACUAAAGAUGCGCAGGUGGAGGGGGAUAUUUCCAGGGGGGUGGACUUGAAGGAGGCCGGUGGGGGAGAAGCCGAAUGGGUGGAAUGGCCGGGAGGAGGUAGCGCGCUGGAGAGUGCCGUGGCAUUGUUGAAGGACAGCUGGGCGGAGCAGGACGGUGUGAGGAGCGGUGAUGUGAGGAGCGACCAUGUGCAAAGCGGCAAUGUGCAAAGCGACCAUGUGCAAAGCAGCGAUGUGCAAAGCGGCCAUGUGCACCAUUUCGGAAGUGGCGACCACGGCGGGGAAAGUCCAAACGAGCAAGCCCCCCAGCAGGAGGGCGCCCAGCGCAACGGCGGAGGUGGAGAUGGCGGUGGAGAUGGAGGUGGACAGGACGACAGAUCCAAGCUGUUCAACCUAGCCAUGGAACUCAAAGAUGGAUCAAACAACAGAAAAAAAACAUCAAUAAAAGCAUAA